CACAAAAGUUGGAGGAUUACGUAAUGUGUCGUAAUACGUGGCGCUUUAGUGUUGAGAAUCGGUGUCUACGUUGCCCCCGCGCGCCAUGAUGACACACGCAUGAAUUUUUCAUUUGUUUUGUUGUUCAUCAUCAUCGAUGCUCAGCGGUCAUCAAGAAGUAGCUUCACAUUUUCAAACAAAUGCCUUACACUUGUUUUUAGAGUGUUGAUUUGAUGUGAUUUCAUCGGUUGAAAGUGUAGCUUCAGUGACUUGCCUGUAACGUACAGCAUGGCUUUGUUCGUGCCAACUGCACAACCGUUGUGUUUCGAUAUGAAAAGGUCCUUUGAUAGGUGGCCAGCUAUCAGCAUGUCAUCUCACGAGAAUAGUCCGAGUCAUACCGGGACGACACCGGGCAAAAAGGACCCACAUUCCCCGCCGGACAGCGAUGAAGAGCCCACAGAUCUUGUCAUGAACAUCAAAGAGGAACCAGCGGACGACGGUUACCAGGAAGAUUGCCAUGACAACGGGGAAACCAUGAACCAAAAUAGCCCGGAUACUCAGGAAACGGAAGGGAGAGGCGAGGCGGAAUCCGAGUCGGAUUACUACAAAGAGAUCAACAUACCCCGAGUUGUUGUGUCACAAAAAUCAGAGACCAAGCAGACUAAGAUGGUGUUACCGCCAUGCAUUUCGGUGCCAGUGCCCAAUGGUGGAUCCAUCAGGCCUUUCAAGCCUGUUGGGAGCAGCAGCAGGGAUCUCACAUUUACAUCAACUCCACCAACCAUCACGUCCAAACGCCUGGUACCAAUCAGCAUCAAGACAUCGGUACCCAUACCGAUUGCUCUGACUCUAAGCAAGCCAGAGGCAGAACCUAAGACCAAACCAUCCAUACUAGACAGCCAAGCUCAGGCUCACCACCUAAUGACUCUGGCCACAGAGGCGGAUAAGAUACUGAAAAAGCAAGAGAAUCGACUGAAGAAUGAGACGGGAUUGAGCUCUGAACAUUCCCCGGAAGGGAAGCUCAGCAACUCUGACGAAGACAACAUGUGCUCGUCGUCCGACUCGAGUGGAGGUGGCAUGGAUUCCUUUUUUAACACCAACGACCAGACACUGACACUUAUUCAAAGGCGAGCUGCCGAGGCUUCCAUUUCCAGCACCAAGAAGUCCAAGAGGAAACGCAGUCAGUUGCCUGAUGACAUGAAGGAUGAUACUUACUGGGAGAGACGGCGGAAGAACAACGAGGCAGCUAAGAGAUCCCGAGAUGCUCGACGUGCUAAGGAAGAUCAGAUUGCCAUCCGUGCCGCCCUGCUGGAGCAGGAGAACAUGAGACUCAGGAUCGAAGUUGCAGCACUAAAGGAGGAAACCCACAGGCUGAAAGGCUUGCUGUAUGAAAAGUGAUGAGUCCAUCCCGUCGUCGUGUAUAGAUAGCCUUGCCUUGCCGGCGUUGCCGCUCACUUCACGUUUGAAUACCAGAUCUUACAGUCUGUGGUCAGAAAACUCGACGGAUUUCUGAAGUCAUGCAGACUAUAAAUGGCAUAUGAUGUCAUACCGCCGAAUGUCUGUGAUAAUUAUGUUUCACUGAUAUUUAUUCGGGGAUGAUUACUUUGAUUACUUAUGAAGUUUUAUGAACAUGAUAUACACCUGUUGAUUUGAGGUCGAACGUCAUUGUCGCUGCCGCACAUUUCAUUGUACUUUGGUGGGGGUCCUGUACCUUCGUCUGUUUUGGUGGAGAAUGGUAGGUACUGUGUCAAACAUUGGUCGGUAUAGUCAGUCACCAACUGUCACCAUUGGUCGGUAGUCAGUCUCCAACUGUCACCAUUGGUCGGUAGACAGUCACCAGCUGUCACCAUUGGUCGGUAGUCAGUCUCCAACUGUCACCAUUGGUCGGUAGACAGUCUCCAACUGUCACCAUUGGUCGGUAGACAGUCACCAACUUUCACCAUUGGUCUGUAGACAGUCUCCAACUGUCACCAUUGGUCUGUAGACAGUCACCAACUGUCACCAUUGGUCGGUGGACAGUCACCAACUGUCACCAUUGGUUGGUAGACAGUCUCCAACUGUCACCAUUGGUUGGUUGACAGUCUCCAACUGUCACCAUUGGUCGGUGGACAGUCACCAACUGUCACCAUUGGUCGAUAGACAGUCUUCAACUGUCACUAUUGGUCGGUGGACAGUCACCAACUGUCGCCAUUGGUCGGUAGACAGUCACCACUGUCACCAUUGGUUGGUAGACAGUCACCAAUUGUCACCAUUGGUCGGUAGACAGUCACCAACUUUCACAAUUGGAUGGACAUACACGAACCGGCGCUAUUGGUCCAGAGCCUUUGCGAGCUUUAGGACCAUGGCCUAUUAUUACUUUUUCUUCGUUUUGCCAUUGUUAUUUCAUUCAAUCACGUACCGUGCUGCCACUUUUGAAAUACUACAUUCUUUGUUUUCUUGAGCAGCACCAUAGACAUAUAUAAUGUCAAUUGUGUUGCCUGAUAGCUGACGAGUCAAAUUGACUUUCACUUACUCUCGAAUUGAGGCUAUCAUGAUCGAAUUUAAGCCACUAUAUUAAAAGUUUACGCAAAAAAAACCGAAUCGUUCUUCAUUCAAUCAACAAUGAACAGCUACUUUCGACGGAACGUAUCUUCCAGUAAACUCUUAGUAAGUAUACGGUGCUAAUAUUACUGCAGCAGAGGACUUAAAGCCCAUGAUAGAUAGUCAACAAGUAUGCCUUUGUACAACACUCGCAUCUCAUUUGAAAUAAUACAUGCUAAAUUUGUCAGUGGAAGAAAAUUGCAGUAAGCUGCUAAAAGCAUAUCUAAAGAUUUGUUGCAUUAUUUGCUGAGAAACAAGUUGAAUGUUUAAGGCCAAAAAAAGUCUCCGGCUUCUGGUCUGCGCGCGCGUCGCCGUAGCCGUGCGCGUCGGCAAAAUUAAAAAGUUUUUUUUUUCAAUAUAAGAUGAAGUCUCAAAACCGCCAAACUCACUGGUUUGACUGGAACGUGUGGUUACGAUCGUGUAUAAAUUGUAUGUGGCCUUUCUGAGCUCAUAUAUUUUGCAAUUCAAUUAGUCGGGCACCAUUUGCAGACGGUGUUGUAGUUUUGUAAUUGUGCGUCUUGAAGCCAGGCUGAAGGAGCGAUGGUCGUAUAUCUAGGUCCUGUAAACGCUUUUUAAUUAGCACAAUAUGUAAGGGAGCAAACUAAUGACCAGCCUGGCAGCUCAUGCACGAUGUCGAUGCCGCUGUAUGGUCUAACGUUACUUCCGUUUUCUCUGAUUUUUGUCUUGACCAUCCAAAUUUUCCGAGGAAAGUUCGUGUCGGUCGAGAUCGUAAGUGGGUGCAGAAUUCUCAAGCCUUAUGACCUUACUGAGGUCACGGGGGUUUCAGGAACCCAUUUAACGCUAGCAAGAAUCCAACACGGGAUGGGUCCAGUGCUCUAUACGGGUAGAAUCCAAAGCUGGUGGGGACCUGGGUUGAGAGGUUCUACUUGGGUAGACAAUCCAAAAUCUACAGCCAACUCGUGGACCUAUGUUUGAGUGAACUAGUUACGCUAACGGUGUACCCGUAUUGAUUUCAACACGGGUAGGGGAGACGAUGGUCUGAAAAAGGCCUGCAACUUUGGUUGUGAUCCUAUAUUCGCUUGGAAAAUCGUAACGUUACGCAAAGACCGUUACGUUGGUGUAUCAGUUGCUUGGCCGUUACGUAAGAACACAUUCAAGGCUUGCCAGGAGAGCCUCUCUCUCGGUUUCGUGUUCAAGUUUCAUUCAUUGGAUGGAUGGUUGUGGUUUGCAUAUCGGCAAUACUGCCAAAAAAUGCAAUCUUUAGGCGUAAUACAAAAAAAAAUUUUUAGCGUCCUGCUUUUCUGAAAAAAAAGAAGCGGGAAUUUUUUUAAUGGCCGCCAUUGGACUCGGGAAAUGACAUACCCGCUUUAUAUGGGCUAGAUGCAACAGAUGAAGAGGCCAAAAUGAUGUCAAUGUUGAAAAUUUACCAUUUUUCGGUUUAAAAAACAAAAGAGGCGACGGCCUUCAAAAAAGAAGCGGGCGGGGACGCUAAACAUGUUUUGUUUUUUAUUUCGCCUAAGUUAAUGUGGGCGGAAUUGUUCUCAUUUAUUUUACUCGUUUAAUGUAAAUGAUAUGUUAACAUACGGCGAUAUAAUUACAUCGCCUUAUGUUAAGUCACGUAUUACAGACAAUACACUGUUGUGAUGCGAGAGGACAUUUUAUUACCUGUAACUUAAAAAUAAAUGAACGUACAUUGUGUGCUGGUACAGAUACACAGUUUAUGGCCAAUUUUUGCAUUACAGUACACAUUUUGUCCUGGAUUUACACAUAAAAUUACGGAAUCCAGCAAUUAAAUAAUAAAAUGCAGUAAAUGAUACCUUUUGGUUUUUUUUUAUUGAGGUGGAAAGACUGAGAAAAGGCUUAUAAUCAAAAAUGUUUUCACAAAAUUUUUCCUAACACUGUUAUGAAUUCAAACGAGAUACCUAUGGUGACAAUAAUCCCAGUAUUUUCGAUAUCUAUUUACGAUUAAAAUGGGUGGUAUACGAGAUCAACCCUGCUCAAUUUCCAACACAAAUGGGCCAUUGAAUGUCAUUUUGAAGGAUUUGGCGCUGUAUAAGAUUAUUAUUAUUAUUAUUGUGUGUCAUGUCAUAGCGCCCUCUAGUCUGGGAACAGUUCUACAAAAAUUGAUCUGAUGCUUCCAGUAUGGUCUGGAAUUAAGACUAUAUGGGGCAUGCAAUCCCGUAAAUACGGACGUACAAAAGUCUUGUCAGACACUUUAAUGGGCUACAGUUGGAAAAAAAUGUGAUACAUCACUGUUGUGAUGACUACUAUUGAGUAGAACAAAAUUACAGACGUACGUUGGAUUUUACGGAAUUGUCAGUUGGCAAGAAUUUCAUAAGAUGGUUAACAGUUUUAAAACUCAACGCUGUAGUAAACUAAUACAUUUUUCAGAAUUGGCGUUCGUAUUACACUUACUGGUGGCAUACUUUGUGGCGUAUAACAUUUACUUUACACUGAGGUGGAGCACCCAAAAUUGUGUUGUAAAUUCCAGCUUACAUUGGCAGCUCAUUGAAAAUGGGAGCUCGAAAUGGAAGAUUGAAACAGUGUUAUUUAACAAGUGGUGCACAAUACUUGGGCUUCUAUAACCAUGACAUAGCUCUGUGGAUUUUAUUUACGUACCUUUAUGACUCUGAGAACUUGUUUCCUUUUGACUAUAACGUAUUUGACCUACCAAACUUUACCUCAAUAAACUGUACCUCUUUUCAUCUCUAGAUGAAAACAAUAAUUAAACGGCAAGGUGGUAUUAUUAAGUUAUUGUGUUGUUGUAUGUUCUUGGAACAUAUUUGCAAAUGUAAUUUGCAAACGGAGUUGAGAACAUCAUGUUGAAACUAUAGACUUCAAAACGUUAUAAACGACGUGAUUUACGAUCAUGCACUCUGUAAUUAAUGUAUAAGUUAAUCACUGUAAACUUUCAAAUUAGCUGCAUGUAAAUAAAGCAGUCAAGAAGUGA